UGGUACUCUCACGUACAUAUGCAUACAACGUACAUACAUACAUUGACUUAAUAUCUGUCAUAUCGCUAAUUGCAACAGUUUUCGAAUGUGUUAAUUAUGCAUGGUCCUUGGACUCUUGGAUAACGUUAUUGCCAUUACGUUAGAAUUGUGUGGUAGAUUUCAAUUUGGACAAUUUGCAUUGUAGAAUGCCAUGAGUGACCUCAAAGUGGAUCUGUCUGUACCUUUCCCAAGUCCCAGAGAAGCAGAAGUUGUAUAUCAGGUACUUCGAGUCGACAAAGAGCCAUCGAGAAGCGAAGUCACAAAGAAGCUUGAAUUAAAUAACAAUAUUCUGGAAGUGUCGUUCAGCGGUAAAGAAGCAAAAAAGAUACGUGUAGCGCUUACGUCUUUCUUUGAUAAUCUAUUGUUGGUCACGGAAACUAUCAAACAAUUUGGUCCACCCGAGCCGACGUACGAUCAUUACUGAGCCAACACUUCGCCGAUUAUAUUUCAUCACCAUUGGUUUUGAAAUAUACAUGUAAUAUGCAUUAUGGAGCACACUCCCGCGCCUUAUGGUCCCAGGGCAGUCUACGGAUAUGCUAUGUACAUCGGAUCGAAUAUGCUCUUCCUGUUGUACGUGAUAUGGGCAAUAAUACCGGACGAAGUGCUGCACGAUUACUUGGGCCUGACGUACUGGCCUUCCAAAUAUUGGGCUGUUGCGAUACCCAUAUGGGCACUGACCGCUCUUGCCACGUUUGCGUUCCUGAUUUAUCCGGCUAUCAACAUGGUGAUAACUCCGGAUAUCGAUGAUAUUCGAACCAUCAUGGAUAAGUACGUCCUGCCGAAAACCGAAACCAC